AUGAAUAAAACAACCGCAAUCUUUUUUUUCGUUUUAUUCUUAUCAAUUGCAAAUAUUGCCGAUGCCGGCCCAAUCACUUAUAUUCUUUGCCAAACUGCGUGCAACGCAGGAUGGGUUUCGUGCUAUGCUGCAGCCGGAUUGGUGGCUGGAACUGUAACUGGAGGGCUUGGUGCGCCUGCUGCAGCAAUAUUAUGCAAUGUUGCCCAAGGAGCUUGUAUGGCGGCUUGCGCCGCAAGCUUUUUAACCCCAACACCAUAG